AUGCUACGAGGCGGCUCCGUCCCUGUGUGGGAUCCUCACUCAGCCCCAGCUCAGCCCACCAGUUCCCACCUGUCAGCUCUGUUCCUGCUCCCAGCCCCUGCCCAGCUCCUGUUCCCACCCCAGCCCAUCCCUGUUCCCAGCCCCUGUUCCAGCCUCACCACCCCUGUUCCCACCCCACCCCACCCCAGCUCCCAGCUCCCCAGCCCCUGUUCCAGCCCAGCCCCACCCACUGUUCCUGUUCCCCACCCCUGUUCCACCCCUGUUCCCAGCCCCACUGCCCAGCCUGUCUGUUCCCAGCUCCCAGCCCACCUCAGCCCACCCCACCCCACUCCCACCUGUUCCCCAGCCCAGCUCCUGUUCCUGUUCCCACCCACUCCCAGCCUGUCCACUCCACCAGCCCCACCCCUGUUCCCAGCUCCCCAGCCCCUGUUCACCAGCCCAGCCCAGCCCCAGCUCCACCCUGUUCCUCACCCACCCUGUUCCCCAGCCCUGCACUCCAGCUCCUGUUCCCACCCCCCCAGCCCCACCCCACCCCACCUGUUCCCAGCCCCAGCCCAGCUCCCAGCCCAGCUCCCCACUCAGCCCCCAGCCCACCCAGCCCAGCCCCAGCCUCACCCCAGCUCCCAGCUCAGCUCCCUCAGCUCCCAGCUCCCAGCCCCCACUGUUCCCACCCCAGGCUCACUCAGCCCAGCCCCACCUGUUCCCAGCCUCCCAGCCCCACUCACCCCAGGCCUCACCCCAGCCCUGUCUCCCCAGCUCCCACCUCAGCCCCUGUUCCCAGCCUCCAGCUCAGCCCCAGCCCAGCCUCACCUCAGCCUGUUCCCACUCCAGCCCCCACCCCCAGCUCCCCACCUUCAGCCUGUUCAGCCUCACCAGCCUCCCACCAGCCUCAGCUCAGCUCCCACUCAGCUCCUGUUCCCAGCUCAGUUUAGCAGCUAG